GGUCGCCGCGCGUUAGUCAGGGAGCGGUGCGGGUCCUGGUUCCAAUUGAGGUGGGGAGAGGGGCCCGGCGGGCUGUGAGGGGCCGGGAGGACUGUCCAGGCUAAGCCCCGCGCGGGGAAGUGUGGCUUGCGGUGGAAGGGGUUGGCUUCUGGGGAAGAAAUCAAACCUAACCGUUCACUUGGGGAAGGGGGCUAGUCUCCGACUCCCUGGUUCUUCCGCUCUCUGCAGUAACUUUGGGGUGUGGCAGGGGCUAGUGACCGGCGUGUACUCCGGAUCAGGGCGUGAAGGAGGUUUGUGAUCACGAUGGGGUUAUAGUCUUUAACGCGGCCACUGGGGGAAUAAAACAAAUGUUUGUAAUCCGGAUUAUCCGCGGUGGCUUGGGGCCUCCUCUACUGCCCAUCUAAGUUAAAGGCCUGUUCCCUCAAACUUCCUCCCCUCUCAUCUUCCUCUGCCGUCUCUUUGCGGGCCAAGCACAUCCGGGGACGGGGCCAGGGCCACCAGGUUCCUGGUAAGGUUGAAAGACUGAGCGUGUAGGACUGUUAAAGUGAGUCUGUGUGAAAGAAGGAAGGAUUUUGUAGAUUGCUUCCGAGGGAGUGUGGGGUGAGGCCGUGAGUCCCAGAGCCUCAGCAUGUCAGGGAAACGGAAGCGGGUGGUGUUAACUAUUAAAGAUAAGCUCGAUAUAAUAAAAAAACUUGAAGACGGAGGUUCUUCCAAACAACUGGCAGUGAUUUAUGGAAUUGGUGAGACAACAGUUCGGGAUAUAAGAAAAAAUAAGGAAAAGAUUAUAACUUACGCAAGCAGUUCUGAUUCCACAAGUCUUUUGGCCAAGAGGAAAUCUAUGAAACCAUCCAUGUAUGAGGAACUGGACAAAGCAAUGCUAGAAUGGUUCAACCAGCAAAGGGCAAAAGGGAAUCCCAUAUCUGGACCGAUUUGUGCAAAAAGGGCAGAGUUCUUCUUUUAUGCUUUGGGAAUGGAUGGUGAUUUUAACCCCUCCGCUGGUUGGUUAACUCGUUUUAAGCAGCGGCACAGCAUUAGAGAGAUUAACAUUAGAAAUGAAAGAUUAAAUGGAGAUGAGACUGCUGUGGAAGAUUUUUGUAACAACUUUCGAGACUUUAUUGAACGAGAGAAUUUACAGCCUGAGCAGAUCUACAAUGCAGAUGAAACUGGACUCUUUUGGAAAUGCCUACCAUCCAGGACUUCUGUGAUCAAAGGUAAAUGCACUGUCUCGGGGCACAAGUCAAUUGAAGAAAGAGUCACUAUCAUGUGUUGUGCCAAUGCAACAGGUUUACACAAACUGAAACUUUGUGUUGUGGGGAAAGCAAAGAAACCUCGCUCCUUCAAGUCAACUGACACCUCAAACCUGCCAGUUUCUUAUUUCAGCCAAAAAGGUGCAUGGAUGGAUCUUUCCAUUUUCCGACAGUGGUUUGAUAAGAUCUUUGUGCCACAGGUUCGAGAAUACUUAAGAUCUAAAGGCCUGCAGGAAAAGGCUGUGCUCUUGUUGGAUAAUUCACCAACACAUCCAAAUGAAAAUGUCCUCAGGUCAGAUGAUGGCCAAAUAUUUGCUAAAUAUUUACCACCUAAUGUGGCUUCAUUGAUCCAGCCCUCGGAUCAGGGAGUCAUAGCGACAAUGAAGAGAAAUUAUCGUGCGGGUCUUCUUCAGAACAACUUGGAAGAAGGUAAUGACCUGAAAUCAUUCUGGAAGAAGCUAACUCUGCUAGAUGCACUUUAUGAAAUAGCAAUGGCAUGGAAUUUAGUAAAGCCGGUUACCAUUAGCAGAGCAUGGAAGAAGAUUCUUCCUACCAUAGAGGAGAAAGAAGGCUUGGACUUUGAUGAAGAAGAUGUUUCUGUGGCUACUGUGGCCACCAUUUUACAACAUACCAAAGGACUGGAAAAUGUGACUACUGAGAACAUUGAAAAAUGGCUUGAAGUGGACAGUACUGAACCAGGCUAUGAAGUGUUAACUGACAGUGAAAUCAUCAGAAGAGCACAAGGCCAGACAGACGAAUCUAGUGAAAAUGAGGAGGAGGAAAUAGAACUGAUUCCAGAGAAACAUAUUAAUCAUGCAGCUGCUCUCCAAUGGACUGAAAAUUUAUUGGAUUAUCUAGAACAACAAGGUGAUAUGAUUCUGCCUGAUAAACUCGUGAUACGUAAACUUCGAGCCACCAUCAGAAAUAAACAGAAGAUGACAACCUCAAGUCAAUAAUAGCAUGUCAUUGUUAACCAUUGUUUUGGUAAUUGUGUUUGUAACUCUUAAUCUCUGCAGUGUGAUUUAAUUUUCUUUGCGUUCUUAAUUCUCAGUGACAGCCCUAUGAAGUGCAGAUACAAAAAUGUAUCUGAAGUGGUUCGAGGAUUAUGUUUUGCAUCAUCUCUGUGUCUUUAUUUGUGCAGAUAAUUGAAAGCUGAUUCUGUAUAGAUAUAAAUUACAUAUACACAGGUAUUCACUUUUGUAGAUCUGCAAUUACCCCUUCUAUUACAGUGGCAUUCCCUAAACUUUCUAAAAAAAAAUUACAGAUAACAGUGAACAGAUUGAGCAUUUUCCUGAAAUCUGUUGUUUGGUUUAUGAGGGCUGCCACAGUAAUCUUUUCUUGUGUUAACAUCUUAAAUGUUACGUUUGUGUAUCUGUAUACACUGACAGGAUGAGAAAUAUUUUAGAUUUCAGGGUGAUCUGCAAUAAUUAAAAGAAGUCCAAUAAUGAGGAAACUGAUCAAUGAAUUAUAAAAAUAACUUAGAAACCAUACUUUUGUUCUCUUACAUUUGUUUAUGUGGCAAGAGGGGGAGAUUUUUCUGGAAGUAAAUAUAUAGGAAGUGAUUACUAAAUUAGUAAGAAAACUAUUUGAAAGCUGAUAUAUAAAUGAGCUAUUCUGUUCUAUUCAUUUGUAGAAAACUGGGAGUUGAAAAUUUGGGGAACUUUAGGUUAUUUAUACAAGGGGAAUAAAUAGGCUUGUUUUAAUUGGGUCUUAUAUUAUGAAUUGGGUAAUUAUUUAUUCAUAAUUAUAGUACAGGUUUUGUAAUGUUAUAUGUGGUAAUACGAACUCCCACCUUAUAUGUGGGGAAGAAUCUUGGGAAUUUAAAGUUAUGUUUUUUUUACUGUGUACUUGGAAAUGUCUAUAGUUUGAAAAAGUUUAUCAUACCUUCCCCUUUGAUAUGAAAAGAAAAAGAAAUGAGAAGAAUAAAGUUAUUAUUAUUUUUAACAAGCCAUAGGUUGUGACCUGUUUUAUGAAGAAAGCAGAAAUAAUUAUGGAAAGUGCCAGAUUCUAAGGACUUUAAUUUACUCUUUUGACACUUGUAAAAAGGUAUUCUUU